CGCUACCGAUCCCCGGCUCCGCUCCGCUUCCCGCUCCCGGCCCGUUCCCGGUCCCGGUCCCGUCCCGGCAGCACCAUGAGGGAGAUCGUCCACAUCCAGGCGGGCCAAUGCGGCAACCAGAUCGGCGCCAAGUUCUGGGAGGUGAUCAGCGACGAGCACGGGAUCGACCCCAGCGGCAACUACUGGGGGGACUCGGACCUGCAGCUGGAGCGCAUCAGCGUCUACUACAAUGAAGCCUCCUCUCACAAGUACGUGCCUCGUGCCAUCCUGGUGGAUCUGGAGCCGGGGACGAUGGACAGCGUGCGCUCGGGAGCCUUUGGCCACCUCUUCCGCCCCGACAACUUCAUCUUUGGGCAAAGCGGGGCUGGGAACAACUGGGCCAAGGGCCACUACACAGAAGGGGCCGAGCUGGUGGAUUCGGUGCUGGAUGUGGUGCGGAAGGAGUGCGAGAACUGCGACUGCCUGCAGGGCUUCCAGCUGACCCACUCGCUGGGCGGUGGCACCGGCUCUGGCAUGGGCACCCUGCUCAUCAGCAAGGUGCGGGAGGAGUAUCCCGACCGCAUCAUGAACACUUUCAGCGUGGUGCCGUCCCCCAAGGUGUCAGACACGGUGGUGGAGCCCUACAAUGCCACACUCUCCAUCCACCAGCUGGUGGAGAACACAGAUGAAACCUACGCCAUCGACAACGAAGCUCUCUAUGACAUCUGUUUCCGCACCCUCAAGUUGGCCACCCCGACCUACGGUGACCUCAACCACCUGGUCUCGGCCACCAUGAGCGGUGUCACCACCUCCCUCCGCUUCCCCGGUCAGCUCAACGCUGACCUCCGCAAGUUGGCUGUCAACAUGGUGCCCUUCCCUCGCCUCCACUUCUUCAUGCCGGGCUUCGCCCCGCUGACGGCUCGUGGCAGCCAGCAGUACCGUGCCCUCACUGUUCCCGAGCUCACACAGCAGAUGUUUGAUGCUAAGAACAUGAUGGCGGCCUGUGACCCCCGCCAUGGCCGCUACCUCACCGUGGCCACUGUCUUCCGGGGCCGCAUGUCCAUGAAGGAGGUGGACGAGCAGAUGUUGGCCAUCCAGAGCAAGAACAGCUCUUACUUCGUGGAGUGGAUCCCCAACAACGUCAAGGUGGCCGUCUGUGACAUCCCACCCCGGGGCUUGAAGAUGUCCUCCACCUUCAUUGGCAACAGCACGGCCAUCCAGGAGCUCUUCAAGAGGAUCUCGGAGCAGUUCACCGCCAUGUUCCGGCGCAAGGCCUUCCUCCACUGGUACACGGGCGAGGGGAUGGACGAGAUGGAGUUCACCGAGGCCGAGAGCAACAUGAACGACCUGGUGUCUGAGUACCAGCAGUACCAGGACGCCACGGCUGAGGAGGAGGGUGAGAUGUACGAGGACGACGAGGAGGAGUCAGAGGCACAGGGUGCCAAGUGAUGCCCCCCCGCAUCCCCCUCAGCUUCACGCUGCUGCCCCAAGCCGGGCUCCCUCGCCUCAUCCCUUUGAUGUCUCCUGACCCUCCCUGAGCCAGCU